AUGGCAACGAAUCAUCCGGUGGUCGAUGAGAAAGUCUUGCAGGUCUGCAAACACCUGAACUCACUGCCGACAAAAAUUACACCCAAGGUCUUCAUCUCGCGGUUUCUUCAAUCAGGCCAUUCCGAUUUGCCACUCCUCCGAGGACAUUGGGCCGGCGAUAAAGGCAUCAACACAACAAUGGAGCUUGUUGAGACUUUGCGGAGUGUGAUUAAUAAGACUAGUGUCGGCCGUUCAGCUUGGAAUGCUUUCAUCCAGGCUGAGGCAAUCAAAAUUCUGAUAAAGCAGGAGCCCCCAAGAGGUAACUAUCCUCAAGGAGGUUUCCAUAGCUCUUCUACAGUCGGUGAAGAUUUCUUCACUCCUGAGGCCAAGGAGGAGCAUGAAAGGCGACUGACCGAAGAGCAUAUGCCUUUCCUGUUUGGCAUGUUGAUGGGGAUGCUCGAUCGUGAUGGCUGCAAAACCACCGUGGCAGAGGAAGAAGAGGUUCCAUUGCCUUGUGGUGUGUCUGCCACCGAGGACGGUCCUGACGAAGUGGGAGACAUGUUUUAUGAAGUGGAACCCUCAUCGGAAGCUCAAUCCCAUCAGCGAUUGCACAGGAUUGCGACAACCGUCACCUCCAUGUUAGCUUUUGCUAGAAACCGACGACAAAACGGUCUGCAGCUGCACAACUCUGUCCGUUUUUUCUCAACAGGGAUCUCAGAGCGAGUACAAGAAUAUCUCAACUAUAUUGGUUUAUCUUCGGCUCGCACUACUGGGAUGGCAGCGUUGGAGACGCUAGCAUACAAGAGCGCUGAUACGUUGAAGAUGAUCAUGGAUACACACAAGAAUCUGCCAAUGGCACCGUCGAUUUGCAUUGACAAUAUAGAUAUUGAGCAACGAGUUCACCAAUCCUCAGUCGGAGUCCGCUCAAACACGUUCCGAGGUACCUGGGGGUACAUUCAUAUCCCUGACAAGAAGCUCAUUCAAACACUUGACUUAUCAGAGAUAAAUCUCUUAGCUUAUACCGAAGCCUUGAAGACAGUGGCCUCAAUGGAAAUCAAACCUCGCAUGUUUCUCCCGACCGAGUCAGAGGAAGAAAUUGAGCUUAAGGUCUGGAAAUCUCAAAUCGCCAAGGUCUUGUAUGAGUACAUUGCUGUCCCAAACAAUAAAUCCACAGCAGUCCAAAUGGUGCCCCCAGUGGUCGAUCAGAUUAGCCAUGAGGCCCCGGAGCUUCAUAUGUUGAAGCUGAUUGAUGCAUCCGACAAUUCUGCAGAAGGAGUGGGGCAGGUAUUUCGGGUCAUUAUUGAACAGAGCGGCCUGACAGUCAAAGAAUUUUUUUCACGGUUUCAACCCAUGGAUGGAGAUCUUGGGACUGUUCAGAACUUCAACUGUCUCCGAGGUCAGAGGUCUCCAAGCUCGGUCCCUCAGAACCGGCUGGAUAAUAUCUUGUUUCAACUUGGGGCUUCACAUACCCUUUGGAAUGUGGCCUCGACUAUAUUUACCCAUCAUUUUGGGCAACCAAGUGACAUGUCUAAUUGUGGCGCUUGGCAGCACUUGGAGGCUCUCGGUUUCCCGUCUGAAAAGGCCAUACAGAAAAAGGAUUUCACCCUUAUGGUGAACCAGAUGGAACGCAUUUUUGAGGCAAUGGUCCUCUACUUUUUGCGGGUGGUCAUGAACACAAACAGCCAUGAGUGGACAGGUCAGAGGACACAGAUUCCAACAAUACAGUUCAAUGCAAUUGUGGAGGAAUGUUACACCCGGUUCUUUUCUACUCAAGCAAGAAGUGAGGCGGCAAGCCUGAAGUGCCCCAAGUUUAGCAAUACCCUGUUACAAUUACAUGAUUUCUCCACGGUUGUGGAGGCGAAACGAUCUAUGAGGUCUGGCGAUGUUGGACGGCUCCUGUUGAUAUGGAAGAAGUGGUCUCUAAUGGCUCAGGCUCUACCUGGGAUUACAAAUUAUUCAUCUUACCUUCCAAGGACAGUCCUCCUCCUGACAGUGAUUAGUCCACCAUCCAUGGCUAAGUUCUUAAAGCAUAACUUGCUUUUCUCACCAACUGGGCGUCCCAAUCACUUUGUUGCAAAAGACCAAUGGCUGGAGGUUCAAAACUACUGGCUUAAGUUCUUAUUCAACAGGAGUGGAAAUGGAACAAACAUCGAUCGCCUACGAGACUUAAUAUCACCUAAUAUCUUCUUGGAUGGCGUCUGA